CUAACUCCACUGUCGUCAUUGUCAGCGACUCCGGCGCUUCCGUCACAUUUUCCCCUUCAUGCAGUCUCUUUUUUUCUUCCCUCCCUUCCAUUCACUUCCCUCAAAACCACCACCCACAAACCAGAAAAUAAUCCAUAUCUCCGGGUUAUCAUAUCAUACCCUCCGAUCUCGCUGUCCCCCAUGGCUUCUACUCUCGAAGCUACCGGCGCUCCAGCCGCUCGCAUCACCUCUACUGCUUCUACCAUUGCAGACUACGCUUAUCCUUAUGGCCAUCUGGGGCAUUUGACGCAGAAGCAGGAGGAGGCUUUUGUGCAGUUUAAGAAGGUCCUUGAGGAGAGGGGGCUUUUGAAGGUUGGACCUCCGCCUUCUCAUGAUGAUCCUUUGAUCUUGCGAUACUUGCGCGCGCGAAGAUGGAAUGUCGAGGAUGCGUAUCAGCAAUUCAAGGAGACAGAAGAUUGGCGCAAGGCAAAUGAUUUGGACGUUUUAUACGACACCAUUGAUCUAAGCGCCUACGAUUUCAGCCGUCGCCUCUACCCCCAAUGGACCGGCCGACGCGACCGUCGCGGGAUUCCCCUCUACGUCUUUGAAGUCAAGACCCUCGACUCCAAGACCGUCCACGAGUAUGAAAAGGUCGGCGCAUCGAGUACCUUUUCCAAAGCCAAGUCUGACGGCAAGACGCCAAGCGGCCUGCUGCGCUUAUUCGCUCUGUACGAGAACUUGACGCGCUUCAACAUGCCGUUCUGCACACAACUCCUCGACCGCGAACAUCCCGAGGUUCCUAUUACGUUGAGCACAAACAUUGUGGAUAUUUCGGGCGUGGGGCUGAAGCAGUUCUGGAAUCUUAAGCAGCAUAUGCAGGCUGCUUCACAACUUGCUACGGCGCAUUACCCCGAGACGCUGGAUCGCAUAUUCGUGAUUGGUGCGCCGGCGUUUUUCAGCACUGUUUGGGGUUGGAUCAAGCGUUGGUUCGAUCCUAUUACUGUCUCUAAGAUUUUCAUCCUUGGUCAUAAUGAGGUCAAGAGUGUGCUAGAGCAGUACAUCGAGCCCAGAAACAUUCCCAAGAAGUAUGGCGGCGAGCUUGAUUACAACUUUGGAGAACUCGGCAACCCUGAUCCUAACUGGGAGGGUGUCGUUGAGUUUGAGAAUGGACACAAGACGUUUCCUAGCGGGCCGUUAUUGUGGGAGGAGGAUUCUAAUGGAAGAUUAGUCUGUAUGGCUAAGGGUUCCAAGGACGGACAGCCUCGAAACGAGAGAAUCUGUACAAUCCCCAAGACCUUUGGUCUCGCGCCUGUUGUAGAAAUAUCCAGCGGCGAAACAGUCGUUGAAACACCAGCAGAAACCAACGACGCAGCCGCCCUCAACGGAAACGGACACCCCGUAUCUCCUCAAGGAACACACGACGACGGCGUUCAGACCGACGACGCGCUCUUGAGCGACGACGUGAACGAGAAGCUGAAGCUGCAGGACGACAAGCCUAUCGCUGCACAGACGACUACUGCGUGAUAGAAGUAUUAUAUCCUAGAGAUGGCGAAGACUGGCAUACCCUGGAAGCAAAUUUUGGAAAAGAUGGUUUGAAGUACAAGAUGGACUAUAUUGGUUGAAGUACACGGAGUAUAUCCCUUUCUGUUUGGCGUAUCAUGUUUAGAACCUCCCGUUGAAGCGGUGAUAUGGUUGUGAAUACAUAAUCGUGAUUCCCUGUUAAUGUUUGAACAAUUACCUUCUUUAUUCUAUUCCCUAAUCAUUGAUCUUCUAUGCCUCGUGCCUCUAUUGAACUCUAUUCUAGCAAUGCCGUUACCAAGUCUAUUCCAUCUCUGGAACUUCUGGUCUUGUAAUAUAUCCCCUUCUAUUCCUCCACUGGGUAACACCCCUCUCAAGCUCCCCCCACGUAACUCCAUCUCUAACAAGACACAUCGUCACCCCCAAACUCUCCGUAUCUCUAUUCCUCGCCUCAUCAUCGAAGAACAGCAUAUCCUCAUACUUGAUCCCCGUCCUCUUCUGCAAGCUCUCAAAGUGCUUGAUCUUGCACCCUGGAUAAAUCUCCAACAAGCCCUCGAACACAUCCAGCGCUUUCUUUGGCUUCCCGCCCUCUGGUCCAGUGAUAUGCAGCAUCUUUAACAAAUCGCGCGCAAGGCUCGGCGCAGAAGUUCGCGAUGCCACGCCGAUUUUAAUACCGGCGCGCGGCAGGGCGUGAAGAAUGGCAGGGACGUCGCUGAAGAAACCAUAGUCUUCGCCGUAUCGAUCUGUGGCGCUUGUGUGUGAGGGGUUGGGUUUUAGGGGUGGUGUUACGUGGGUGUCUACCCAGAAUGGCCAGAGGGUGUAGUCGAGAUCGAAGACGAUGAGCUUGGGGAGCGGAAGGGUGGGAUCGGCGAGGGAGGAUGGGAGGGCGGUGGAUGAUGUUGAUGUUGUUGAGAUUGUAGAGAGGGUUGAGGUGCUUGGCGGGAGAGGGUUUUUGGAGAGUUUCUUUGGCAUUUUGAGAUUCUUGAGGUAAAGAUUGAUGGAGAGACAGGGUUGGAUGUGGUGAUGGAAGGUUUGGUGUUGAGAAGUUGGGACUUUUUUG